AUGUACGCGGCUAAGGUUACGAGUUUUUUUAGAUCAUUAUCGACGACCCUCGGGCUACGCUCUGCUCCGGAUGGUCGAAUUCCAAAUCGUGCCGCGAGCUUGCUUCUCGCGAACUGGGUGAUAGCUUACCUCUGGAUGAGCACUCGGUAUACCAAAAUUGCGCUCGGAAUCGACAACAACAUCGCUCCGCGAGAAGACCUGGCGACAAUCGGUGAAGCCGCUGUACAGUCAGGCAAGAUCAGCCGCAGAACGCUGGAUAAAUUGAAACGCGAUGAGGCAGCGCAUGCAAAUGCAAUUGAGAAUUACUCGGUUUUUGCAGCAGCAAUUCUGAUCGCCGUCAUUGCCAAAGUCCCCAACAAAGCCAUCAACAGAUAUGGUAUAUGGUAUACCGCGUCAAGAAUCGCUUUUAGUUUCUGUUACUCCUAUGGCGAGACGCGUAUGAUGAGCAAUUUUCGAUCAGCGUUUUGGUGGUCGGGGAAUAUCUCGUGUAUCUGUGCAUUUGUUGCAGCUACGAAGAAUCUUUGA